AUGGCGGCAGCGAGUGACAAGGCUCGCUUCUACCUGGAGCAAUAUGUGCCGGAACUGCGAGAGUACGAAUCGAAAGGCAUCUUCUCCCGCGACGAAAUCGCUUCCAUCACUUCCAAGCGAUCCGAAUUUGAGCACACCUUGAAUGCGAGAGGCAGCUCGCCCGGCGACUAUGUCCGCUAUGCGACAUAUGAGAUGAACCUGCAUGCACUGAGGAAGAAGCGAUGUCGAAGAUUAGGCAUCAAGUCAUCCUCAUUCUCCGGCCAGAGAACAGUCUUCUUCGUCCUUGAUCGAGCAACCAAGAAAUUUCCAGGUGACCUGGCUUUAUGGAUGCAGUAUAUCAAUUUCUGCAAGAAGGAGAAGGCAAACAAAAAGCUGGCCAAGGUCUUCACAAGUCUAUUACGCUUGCAUCCGAAAGAGUAUGGCUUGUGGGUCUUGGCUGCGAAGCAUUAUGCCGAGACACAGGCCGACAUGGCCACGGCGAGGAACUACAUGCAGAGGGGACUGAGAUUUUGCAAAGAAGACUUGAAGCUGUGGCUGGAGUAUUUGAAGUUGGAGAUGCUAUAUCUUGCCAAGAUCGCUGCGAGAAGGAAGAUCCUAGGCCUGGACGAGAAGCAUGAGCAGGAAGUAGACGAGGACGAGAACAUCAUCACGCUACCCAGCAUCACAGCCGAUGACUUGGAGCCAGCUUCGGAUGAUGAAAACGCCAAAAAAGGUGUCGAGGAAGUGAACGAGGAUCUGAUCAAGCGAUUAGAGAAUGCGCCUGCCUUCACUGGUGGCAUCCCGAUCGCCAUCUUCGACUCGGCCAUGAAGCAGCUGGGCAGCAAAGCUUCUGAAGCUGCGGAAAACUUCUUCGACCUCAUCUCGACUUUCAAUCAAGUGCCGUCCGCCUCAAGAAUACUAGAUCACAUCCUCGACUGGCUACGACAAAAUGCAUCAAGCUCAAUAGAAACGAUCAUAUGCGAGGCCAAACGCGAGCUAUUCAGUGUCGACUCCACAUCUGCACACUUCCCUCCAGCCCUGUCCAAAUCCCUUGCGAGAAUCAAGUCGGGCAGUACUAGGCUACAGGACAAACAGCAGCCUGCGCUUUCUGAGAAGGCUGUCUUCUUUCUGGUCCCGCUUGUCGAAAAUACAGAUGAUAUGGACGAGGACAUUCGAAAAGUGCUGGAAACCAGUGUGAAACGCCACCUCCGCGCAACAUCGGCCACGCCACGGAAACCUGGAGGACAGAAGUCAGGUCCAGAAGUCAUAGCGACCGCAUUACAGAAUCAGGGCAAGCAGCAACAGGCUGGACAGGUAUUGAGAUUGGCAGCAGAUGCUGGUGUAAAGAGAUGA